AGGUGAUAUGGCUUUGACAAUGGAAGAAGAACAGAGUGAAUUGUUGGCCAUGGAAAUGGUGAGUGCUUCUGUUCUGCCCAUGGUAUUGAAAGCAGCUUUGGAGCUCCAUGUGUUCGACAUAAUAGCCGAAGCUGGUCCUAGCGCACGGCUCUCCCCUCUAGACAUUGCAUCUCGGCUACCCACUCAGAACCCAGAUGCACCACGUCUUCUCGAUCGUAUGCUACGUCUUCUGGCUUCCCACUCUGCUCUCACUUGCUCUGUUCUCAACCAUGACAACAGGGUCUAUGGUUUGGCACCUGCCUCGAAGCUAUUUCUUAAGGACAAGGAUGGAGGGUCCUUGGCUUCCUUCUUCACUCAUCGUAUCCAGGAUUAUGAUAUUAUCAAGAGCUGGUACCACUUGAAGGAUUCAAUUCUAGAAGGAGGUGGGACUCCAUUCUAUAAAGCACAUGGAAUGAACAUUGUGGAAUAUGUUGUGAGCGACCCUAAACGGAUUGAGGUUUUUGGAAGCUCAUUGUCUGAAUUUAAUGUACUCUUGAUGAAGAAGGUUCUUGACACAUACGAAGGGUUCGAAGGCCUGCAAGUUCUGGUUGAUGUAGGUGGAGGGAAUGGACAAAUCCUUAGUAUGAUCAUCUCCAAAUAUCCAUCCAUCAAGGGUAUCAAUUUUGAUCAGUCUCAUGUUAUAGAAAGAGCGCCCCCUCGUUCAGGUGUGGAACAUGUCGCAGGAGAUAUGUUUAUAAGUAUCCCUAAAGGGGAAGCAAUUUUCAUGAAGUCUGUACUUCAUGCUUGGAGUGAUGAACAGUGCGUGAAGGUACUGAAAAAGUGCUACGAAGCAUUACCAGAUUAUGGAAAGGUUAUUCUUGCAGAGUUGGUUGCUCCAGCCUCCCCAGAGACAAAUGCUGCUACUAAGGGCAUCUUACAAAUGGAAAUGUACAUGACAAUUCUAAACGGUUAUGCAAGAGAGAGGACAAAAGAAGAAUUUGCUACUUUGGCAAGGGAAGCUGGAUUUGCUGGUGUUCGUGUGGCUUGUUGUGCUUACACCUUCUCAAUCAUAGAAAUCUGUAAACAGAUGUAAUUGUUACCCUUCUUUUAUUCUUGCUGGAAUAAAAUGCACUACGUCGCAGGAUUUAGAGAUCCAAA